AUGUAGAUACCAGAUGGAACUCUACCUUUUAUUCUAUUGAAUGUCUUGUAUCUUUAAAACCUACUAUUAUACAAUUACAUUCAACUCUUAAUAAUCAUACUGUUAGGGAGAUUAGAAGAGAAGCGGAAACGAUGAGUUCUUUUCUUCCUUCAGCAGAUGAAUUUGAAUUAUUGAAUGAACUUAUUGUAAUCCUUUCUCCUUUUGAUGAAGCAAUGCAAUUUUUAAGCGGAUCUGAAUAUCCAACACUUGGUUUUAUGACAUCAAUGUUGGAAGAACUCACUCGCCGGCUUAGGCAAUUUACUGGACAAAGUUAUAAAGCAAUUUUUGUAAAAGACACGAUCUUGAAUAACUUAGUUGAAUGUUGGGAAGAUUCAAAAAGCACUAAUGUACCUGAUGAAUUUGACCGGUAUUGUGAAAUACCUGAAAUUUCUCUUGAAGAAGAAUCCUAUCCUUUGAUUUGA